AUGGCGGAGGUUUGGAGACGUAGCCCUGUGCGCUUCAAUGAUCAGGCUAUCAGGUUCCAGCGUUGGAAGCCUGAUUUUAAUAUACAUGAGCAGCAAGUCCUUACCAAGCUCGUUUGGGUGAGGUUCCCAGAUCUGUCUCUCGAAUAUUGGCAUGAAAACGUGCUUCUGUCCAUGGCCAAGGCUGUGGGCAGGCCUGUAGCUCUUGAUCGUCGUACCCGGCAGGGUCUGCUUUGCCAUUUUGCUAGAGUGCUUGUUGAGAUAGACGCAGGAGAUUCUUCAACUCGUGUUGAAGAGGUUCAAGUAGAACGAUUUGAACCUGGUUCUACCAAGGAAUUUUGUUUCACUCAAAAGGUGAUUUAUGAGGAUGGAUUGCAAAGGUGCGGGUAUUGUAGGAGGUUGGGACAUCAAAGCUCCCUUUGUCGUCAGAAGAGGAUGGAUGAACUUCAUCAACAAGAGAAGGACAGAGAGGCGUCAAUCCCUGGUGCUAUCUACGUUGGAGAAGAUGGAGUUAACUCGGUUAACUCAAAGUCCAACUCGAUGGGUGGAUCGGCCAGAAAAUCUCUCUCACAAGGCAAGAAUUCAUUUUCUCCUAAUUCUAAGGCGCCAGCUGGUCAUGAGGGGAUUGUUGUUUCCAAUUUGGUCGCAGCUUUUGAAGGGAGGGAGAAGUCUUAUAAUGGUAUGACUCUUGGUGAGAAUUCAAUUUCUCCUCAAUCUCCCAAUUUGACGCAAAGUGGGAAAGAUAAGGAUACAUUUUUAAAUGUUGGAGAAACUCCCGUAGUUGAGUCCAUUAGGCCACCUUCUACUCAUCCUUCCCAUGGCGGAGGAUUGGAGAACUUGCCGGCUUUUGGGGUGCCGGAUUUUGCAGUUGGCGGAGGGCUUGAGAGGAGAGACGUUGAGGUUGGGGAGUCUAAUUUUAAUGAGGUAGAAUUAGUUCAAAGAUUGGAUUCUCAUGGGUCGGGUUGUGACCAAUCUGAUCAAGAGGAGGUGCAAGGCGGGUGGACUCAGGUGUUGGAUCGGAAAAAUCGUGAUGGCCGUAGGAAUGCCCCUCGAGGUGGUCGUGUGGGUUGCCGUAUGGCAACUCCAGUUAUUGGUAGAACUCGACGUCAAAAGAAGGCAAAGUCUGGUGUUAAAGCGGUGGACACAGCAGUAGAAAAACCUCUGGUUGAAAAGGAGACCGCAUCACCCUUUUCACCAGAGGAGGAGGCUCUUUUGGCUCAUGUGGCUUUUGAUCGGCCUGGUGUAUAUGCUGAGAUCCCCCGACGAUCAAAUAGGACAAGGACCCCCUCGGUGCGCCUCCCAGACCCCCCGUAG